AUGAGCAUGUGGAGAUUUGCCCAACGCAAACGCCCGCGCACCCCAAUGGCCGUAUCUCGAGACGUGCUGGCGUCAUUGCAGCAGGAGUAUCGACUGAUACAGCUGGUCUACCACCGGAACCGGAACCAGCACCAGAGUGCGCGAUGGUGGAACCGUUUCAAUAUGUUGAAGAGGAACUGCGAUGCUGUUCUUCGCGAACUCAUGCGAGGUGACCCCCAUGUGGUGCGCAUGUACCGGCUUUUGGGGUCUCUCAGAAAGCAGUUACCGCAGACGUAUUACGCUUUCAACGGCGUCAUUGCUUUGAACCAGUUUGUCACUCUGGGUGUCGUUCUAGUAGGGCUUCUCAGCAGAGUGUUUGCUCUUUACAACCAGAUCACGGACGAGUUCACCGAACAGUUUAAGGCCCUUGCGUGUAAACGUAGGGUUACAUCGUCGCAGAUACAACCCGUAACCCCCUCGCAGCCGACCACUGAAGAGCUUGGUGUCGAGUUGAAUUUACUUAUGACAGAAGUCACCUCCUCUAGAACGCCGCCGUCGCCGACUGUACCGGCCACAAAGAGUCGAGAGACUAAGACGAAGAAGAGGAAGCCAAAGAAGAAGAAAUCUGCCAUAGACAGUAUAUUCGGGUGA